UCGUGUCAGUCACCUGACAAGCAUGCUGCUGUUAAAUGGUUGUUGUUUCUGUCGCUGAGUUCUGAAUGAAUUCUGUCAUUAAAGUCGCAGCAGAAAUGAUGAAGAGAUCCAGUUCAUCUACAGAGCUACACACCAAAGUCCUGCGGUUACUGACGCCGGCUCCUCAUCAGGGAGGACACACGGAUGGAGCUGAGAUCCUUCGGUGCACGGUGAAGGCUCUGAAGGAGGGUCAUGUGGUGGCUGUGCCCACUGACACCAUCUAUGGUCUGGCCUGUCUGGCCCAAAACUCUGGAGCCGUGAAAAGAAUCUACGGCAUCAAAGGACGCAAUGGACACAAACCUCUGGCCAUCUGUGUCGGAGAAAUCCACGAUAUCUACAAAUACUGUAAAGUCAAAGUGAAGGAGGAGCUGUUGGGUGACCUGCUGCCUGGUCCCGUCACGCUGGUGUUUGAAAGGUCUGAAGUCCUGAACACGGAUCUCAACCCCUUCACCUCACUAGUCGGCGUACGUAUCCCAGACCACGCUUUUAUACGACGCCUCUGCCAGAUGUGUGGGGAACCGCUGGCUCUCACCAGCGCCAACAUCAGCUCACACACCAGCACGGUGGACGUCCAUGAGUUUCAGGAGCUUUGGCCCAAACUGGCAGUGGUGGUGGAUGGAGGGCCAAUCGGAGACCAGAACCGCCUCGGAUCCACAGUGGUGGACUUGUCGGUGCUCGGCAAAUAUCGCGUCAUCAGGCCUGGCUGCGCUCAGUCUUCCACGGUCGAUGUGCUGGAGCGUAAAUACGGGCUGUCAGAGGACUCUGAAAAUGACCUUUGAACUCGACUCGACACUCCACGACGCACGAUGAACUUUGACCUCAGAGAUGAAACGGUUGAAUUAUUUUUCCCUGGAAAAGACAAAAAAAAAACUUGGGAACAACUUGAAUCUCUUGUGGCUGCUUUAAAAUCUGGGACUACUUCUUCUGCCUCACCAUGUGACGACUGCAAAUCAUUUAUUUUGAAAACCACAGAAAGGUCAAUUUAAUUUAAUAAGUAUGGGAUUGUCUUAACGUAAAUGUAAAGCUUUUAUCUUUUUAUACUGUCAAAGCAACAUGCUGAGAAUAUGAUGGUGUAUGAUGGUGAUAUUUUUCUUAUAUUCAGAUACUGUAUAUGGGUCGAGAUGUGACAGGCACCAAAUGUGUCAACUGAACGAGUCUUUGGAAUAAAAUUAAGGGAUUAAGAUGAGAAAUGCACUGACAUCAAAUGUUAACUCGUGUAAGAAUAUCCAGUCUUCAGUUUGUCACUUUCUUAAGUUAUUUCCAGAUAUAAUUAUGGGUAAUGUUCAGAGAAAUAGGUUCUUACAUUUGAUGGUGGAUUAUUUGGAUGAGACAAGGGGGUGGAGCCUGGCUUGAACACAUGAGCUCAUUCAGACUUUUUUUUUUUAUAAGUUUGACUCAGGACCUGAAGGGAGAAAAUCUGUAGAAUCUCCAGAGAUCAGUGGAUAUUUGAAGUGAGCAGUUUGCGGCUGUAACACUGCAUUCAUGUUGGAUUUAACAUGGGCCAAGUCUGUGUAUGUACCUUUUUAAAUUCUGUUUGUAUCACCACAAUAAAUCCUUUUUUCUUCCAA